AUGAACGGUUCGUCGGUAUUAAGAAAACACAGUCUUAAGAAUGUGUUAUCCAUCUUUGAGAGUCGUUUGUUUUCAAGCGCACCAGAAGCGACUUUUGAAACUAAGCCAUUUAAGUUGCAUAAACUUGAAAAGGUCCCAGUACAACCGUCACCUUUGUCUUCAGAAGAUGCUAUGAAAUAUUAUAACAAAUGCAAACUAUUCGACGAAUAG